UUUCCUCCCUAUAUAUAUAUAUAUAUAUAAAUAUCUCCAUCUUGCCAAAAUUUUGUGAACCCUUUGGCUCACAAUCAAGAAUUCGUUCAACCAAGGAAUUCUUAGAAAUCAUGGCUUCAUGGGGCACAAAAAACAUAACAUGGUGCAUUGUUUGCGCUAUUUCAAUAGUCAUCUCAAUGAGUUCGGGCCUAGUCCGAGCCCGAAGAACUAUCGAUGACAUGAACGUCAUUGACAAGUGUUGGAGGAUAAAUCCCAAUUGGCGAGGCCACCUCCAACAACUGGCUAUGUGCUCUGUCGGCUACACGGGAAAAAUGACCAACAACACCGGACCGGAUGUGACACAUUAUAGAGUCACGGAUCAUAGCGAUGAUCCGUUGAACCCAAAGCCCGGAACUUUGAGAUAUGGCGUGACAAGCAUCAAAGGCAAGGUUUGGAUCACAUUUGAAAGGGACAUGAAUAUUAGACUUGCUAAAGCCCUCCUUGUUAGCAGCUUCACCACAAUCGAUGCGAGAGGUGUUGAUGUGCACAUUGCAUAUGGUUCUUGCCUGGUGCUUAACAGGGUGACCAAUGUCAUCAUUCACGGGCUCCAUAUCCACGACUGCAUGGCUCAUGGCCCCGGCCCGGUGAUGGGCCCGGAUAGGAAAAUCGUGCAAGUCGGGAAGGUGGAUGGGGAUGCGAUCAGAAUGCUGACAUCUUCAAAGAUAUGGAUCGAUCACAACACAUUGUACGACUGCAAAGACGGGCUGAUUGACGUUACGAGAGGCUCCUCGGGUAUCACGAUAUCAAACAAUUGGUUUAGGUUCCAAGAUAAGGUCAUGCUUUUAGGCCACAAUGAUGGAUACAGGAGGGAUAAGAACAUGAAGGUCACAGUUGCAUUCAACCAUUUUGGCCCUCGUUGUCAACAGAGAAUGCCAAGGAUCCGGUUCGGGUAUGCACAUGUUGUUAACAAUCUUUACCUAGGAUGGGGUAGCUAUGCCCUCGGAGGGAGCAUGAAUCCAAGCAUCAAGAGCGAAGCAAACCUCUUCAUUGCACCAGAAGGUCAAAACAAAGAGAUCACCUGGGACCCCAACUUGAAUUGUAAUUUCAAAUCUAAGCACGAUGUAUUUGAGAAUGGUGCCUCUUUCGGAGAGUCGGUCGCUAAGGGUGUUGCAAUGAGCCCAAAUUACACGCCGGAGCAGAUGUUUGAAGUGGCAGAUGGAAGAACCGUGAGGGCUUUAACGAGGUCUGCUGGUGCCUUGAAAUGCCCCGUCACAUCCAGAUGCUGAAAUAAUCAGCCGAGGGAAACAAGAUAUACCAUCUGUGUGUCAGUAGUCUUUGUUGAGGACUAUCCUCAUAUUGGAUUUACCUGACCCCUUUUUUCUGGUCAAAUUUCUGGGAUGGAAUCACUAACAAACAUGAAUUAUUCCAUCCAUACACUGUAAAACAUGAAAAGCCAAACAGUGCAUCAUAAUAACAAUAUCUUUAUGUGGAAUCAUUCUCUUUCAGAU